UCCUAUGGCAAGGUGCUCGGGGCGACGCUUACCCUUGGCCGCACCGACGGAACUCUCCUCAUUGCCUUUGUGGCCUUCUUCGUGACUGUCGUAGGCAGCCACAUUUGGCGCAUCCUCUGUUUCAGUCUGCACCAGGCGUCGUCGAAGGCGACGACGCCACAAGACACCCUCUACCACCAGCGGCAGACCAUCCUGCGCAACACCAGCGACCCUUCCCAGGGCGCCUUCAAAUUCCUGCAGCUCGUGUGGGCCUGGCGGCGGAGCGGCUCGUCGCCACGCGUCCGCCGGCGCAUCCUGCCCAUCGUCGGCGGCACCGUGCUCGCCGUGUGCGGGCUCGCCGUGGCCUCGGGCUUUUCGGCCAAGGUGGCGCUGGGCAGCGAGGUGCUGAUGCUGGGCGCCAACUGCGCCCUCGUCUCCAACACUGAUACGACCAACACGACCCUUUCCGAGACGGUCCUCAGCCCGCGCGGCGAGAGGCGCCACCAGGCCGCCGCCAUCUACGCCCAGCAGUGCUAUAACUCGGGCAGCAGCAGCAGCAGCAGCAACGUGGCAUCAACAACAGGCUACGGGUGCGACACGUUUGUCGAGCCGCGGCUGCCGUUCACGGCCGCCACCAACGCCCCGUGCCCGUUU